AUAUAAUGUUUUUUUUUUCUUAGCUCCUACUUGUGGAAAAGAUGAAGUCUACAAUGAUUGUAUACAAGGGUACUGCCAACCGAAGAAUUGUUCGGAAAUAGGGAAACCCGUUGCUUGUCCAAGAAUAGAUCCCAAGAAUUGCAUCAAAGGGUGCUUGUGUAAAGAAAACUACGUCAGAGCUGAUAAUGGAACGUGUAUACCAAAAACCGACUGUCCAUCCUGCGGUGGAGACAACAACGCUCGUUCCGGCUGCGGCGUGAACUGUAACAAACGGUGUAGCGAUAUCGGAAAAGAGCCAGGAGCAUGUAUUGCAAUUUGCUAUGACAAUGCUUGCGAUUGC